AUAGCAGUGGCUUAAUGAGUCUCUAGCUAGUACUCAAAAUAAAGGUCAUAAAAACAUCAAAGACAGUCCAAUAAGGGCAGAGAGGCUCAGAGAAUCUGCAGGACACCCUCUGCAUGUUAAUAUAGGAUUUAAUUGGGUACUUUCUAUCGUAAGAAUAGUUUUUUUACAGAUUUUCACAAAGUAAAAGAAGUUUUGCUCCCUAGGAACAGAUUUUGCAUCAGCCUCGAUGGUGUUUUCCAAAAUCGGAGUGACAAUGAGUGGGUGAGAGAGAAAGAGAGAGAUGGGAACGGUAUAGGCUGUAUCCUCAACCAACGGGAGCUGGCAUUCCCAUGCAGCACAGACAAAGAGGGGGGAAACGGGCGGAGGUGGGUGGGGGAGUAAAGCGCUGAGGAGUGAGGUGAGGCAGAGCUCAUUCAGUGGGAUUGUUGAGCUGCGGAGCUCCUCGGAUUUUACUGACAGAGAAUCUCUCCGUGUGGUCCGUGAAGAGCCCCUGUGUCCUGGACCCGACGUGCACCCUGCAGCUCGCCGUGGCUGAGCCUAUCUGAAGCGGAUGAGACAAGACCCUUCAAGGGGACAAAACCAAAAACUUUUCUCAUCGGGAAUUUCAACAAAGUGCCAACAGUAUGCCUAAACAAGUAGAGGUGAGGAUGCACGAGAGUCACCUGGAGCCCAUCGAGGCCAGGCCUCAGUCCAAAUGUGCCAAAAUCUGCUCCAAGCUGUUCAAGAACCUUCUGCUCACACUCACCGUCCUCGGUGUUAUCUUGGGAGCUGUAUCAGGGAUGUUGCUCCGUGUUGCCUCCCCGAUUCACCCAGAUAUUGUCAUGGUGAUUUCAUUUCCGGGAGACAUCCUUAUGAGGAUGCUGAAGAUGUUGAUCCUGCCACUCAUCAUCUCCAGUUUAAUCACAGGUCUGGCUGGUUUGGAUGCCAAAUCCUCUGGUCGCCUUGGAACCAGAGCCAUGGUCUACUACAUGAGCACUACUAUUAUUGCUGCUGUCCUGGGAGUCAUCCUGGUGCUGGCCAUCCACCCUGGCAACCCCAAAUUGAAGGAAAAUCUGGGCCAGGGACAGAAAAAUGAUGAGGUGUCCAGCUUGGAUGCCUUCUUUGAUCUGAUCAGGAAUCUGUUCCCGGAGAAUCUUGUGCAGGCUUGUUUCCAACAGAUCCAGACUGUCACAAAGAAGGUGGAGGUGAUUAUUGAAGAGGACAUCAAUGCCACCACUGUGGAGGGCCUGGUGGCUAACUUGACCAAGGAGCCUCAGUUCACGGUCCAAAAGUCCCUGCAGUUCAAAGGCGGCAUGAAUGUCCUGGGUCUGAUUGGUUUCUUUAUUGCAUUUGGCAUCUGCAUGGGCAAGAUGGGAGAGAAGGCCAGACUCAUGCUUGAGUUCUUCAACAUCCUCAAUGAGAUUGUGAUGAAAAUUGUCAUCAUGAUCAUGUGGUACUCUCCCUUCGGUAUUGCCUGUCUCAUCUGUGGUAAGAUCAUUUCCAUCAAGGAUCUGGAGGUGGUGGCCAGGCAGCUGGGAAUGUACAUGGUCACGGUCAUUAUUGGCCUGAUCAUCCACGGAGUAAUCUUUCUGCCCAGCAUCUACUUUGUUAUCGUCAGGAAAAACCCCUUCACCUUCUUCCUUGGAAUCUUCCAGGCCUGGAUCACUGCUCUGGGGACAGCCUCCAGUGCUGGUACACUGCCUGUCACCUUCCGUUGCCUGGAGGAGAACCUUGGUAUUGACAAAAGAGUCACUCGUUUUGUGCUCCCAGUUGGUGCCACCAUCAACAUGGACGGUACUGCUCUGUAUGAGGCUGUUGCUGCUAUCUUCAUUGCUCAGAUGAAUGGCAUCCACCUGGACCCUGGUCAGAUCAUCACUGUCAGUUUGACUGCUACACUGGCCAGUAUUGGAGCUGCCAGUAUUCCCAGUGCCGGCCUGGUGACUAUGCUCUUGAUCCUGACUGCUGUGGGCUUGCCAACCGAAGACAUCAGUCUGCUGGUUGCUGUUGACUGGCUGCUGGAUCGAUUCAGGACCUCAGUGAACGUUGUGGGUGAUUCCUACGGUGCAGGCAUCGUGUACCACAUGUCCAAGGCGGAGCUGGAGGAGCUGGACGCGCACGCGGCCAAAUCUGAUGACAUUGAAAUGAUGACGAAGACCCCGUCUUAUUACGAUGACAUGAAGAACCACCACGAAAACAAUUCCAACCAGUGCGUCUUAUCCGAUACCGCUACCGCUACCACAACCGCUACUGCCACUGCUAACAAUUCUGUCGUAGUAGAUGAAUGCAAGGUAACCUCAGCCACAAACGGCUCUGCUGCGGAGUGCACGCUUGUUGAGGAGGAACCAUGGAAACAUGAAUAAUGGCAGCACAGAGAUCCCCUGCUCCUGGGCUCCACAAGCUUUCCUACCUGAUGAUAAAAAAACAAGUGAAUGAAAAAAAGUCACACGAACAGAACUACUAAUUGUUUUUUUAUGUAGUUUAGUUUUUUCUUUUUUUUAUUAGUCCCUUUAAAAAAGUUUUUGUAACUGUCUAUCUGACUGAUAUGUAGUACUAAUUCACUUAACCGUGAAGUGGUAACAGAGGUAUACUUUACCUGUUAGAGCACAAUUAUGUCCUCUUUUAUUAUAGCAGAUACUUGCACAACAUACUUCAAGGCUUGGGGAGGGAAGGAAGAGGAAAAAGAGUUGGAUAAGCUGUUUAAAGCAAUACAUGUUGGUAAUAAGAUGGGAGAAGAAGUGGCUGUGUAACACGGGAUGCACUGAGAUUAUCUUCCAAUUUUCAUACAGGUGAUUCAUUUCUCUUACGCCAGAGUGGGAGAGUGGGAGUUAGAACAUUAAUCACAUCAUUCAACACACUGAACUUUCCGCUUUGCAUCCCUGCUAGUAACAUUGCUAUGUAAAAAAGCCACUGUUUUUCCUCCUCAGCUCAGCCUCUCAUCUAACUGCAUCUCUGUUGAUUCUCAAAGCCUCUGUCUGGCUGCAUUUGCCCAGUAUUACCUCACUUCCCUGAGGCCCAGCAAACUGAUAAAAGCACAUUGCAACUCUGAAUCAUUAAGCACAAAUCAAACCAUGGAGCUCAUUUUUAACCCUCUUUUUUUCAUUUUUUAUGUCAACCUUAAAGAAAAGGGACUUUUUCCUUUGUGUCACCUGUUGAGAAUGAUAGACUAAGUGUUUGUGUGUGUUUCUGUGUGUGUAAGAUACAGAGAGACUGUGUGUGACAGCUGGGGUUAAGAACAUGACCAAGUCAAUGACAGGGACCAAACAGGCAGGAAAUCAAUCAGCUCACACAGGCCUUUGAACUGCCUCUGUGAUGUCACCUGCGCAACACAUUUUCAGUUUUGUGUCAAUGGCUUACAUUUUUUCAGUGAAAAGCAGCACAGUUUAUAUCAACCAUUUUUCUAAUGAAGUCUCAAACUUAAGCAAAGAAAGUCACUGCCCUAUAUAUAAAACUUUAUAAAGUUCUUCCUUUUCCCCUCCAAAAACAAGUUAGCGAUGCCAAUGAAAUUAAAAUUAAAUAAGCUUAAAAAAUGAAUAAUUAAUAAUUGACACAUUUCAAUUGAAGCACAAAAAGAAGGAGCACAAACAGAAUAGAGCACAAACACAGCCAAUUAAUAUAUUUGUCAGUCAACGGCUUUGUCAAAAUCAUGCAUUAUGGCUCAUGUGGACACGUUCUCGAAAUUGAUUUUGGGAAUACAUCAUGUAAAAGGUAAAGAUACUCAGGCUUGUAUGUUUAAUAUUUACAGGGAUAAAAAAUGUUGUCAUCCUGACAUGUUUACUUGCUCACUAGAGCUUCAAAUGAUGACCUAAAACAGCACAACUUCAAAAGCUUUGACUUUAAAAUGGUGACAGUUUACUGCAAAGGUUUUUGAUGAAAGAGAUUUUAGAACAUGAUAAUAAGCUACUAAGCAUGGUUUCUUAGCACAUAUAUGAAGCACACACACACUUGAUAAGACAACAUUCCAGUAGUCAUGUACUACUACCUGAAAGCACAGAUGCUUAUUUCUAACAAGAGCACACAAGGUGAAUCACAAUAAAAUAUGUUUAAAAAAGAGAAACAGGAAGAAAAAGGGAUGCAGGUCUCGGCUGUCAGAUGGAUUUUUGGCUUGCAUAAACAAAGACAGAUCAUUGAUAGAGCACUCUGCAGGGAGGCCUGCCAGCUUCUUGUUUAGCCAGACCUUAAAAAAAGUAAACAACAAUAUAUAUUUAGCCACCAGAGCUCAAGACUGUUUCUACAAACCCUACAUGCUGCAGCUGUGUGUCCAUAUUGAUGCGUUAGUGGUAAAGAAAAAUGGACACUCCACAUUGCCAGAAUGUUGCCAACUAUCAGGUAAAAAUAUGAACAGUAUUUUCCUCUCAUAGGACCAAAUGGCUGAAAAGAUUGACAGACACACAGUGAAAGCCAGACUGCUGGCUGUCAAUCUUUUUUAGCCAGUGUGAAUGAAAGUGAUGUGGGUGCUGAUUUGAUUUGUCAGUAUUGUGACCUUCUCUUCUGUCUCGUCUCUUUUCAUUUGUGCAAAAUUAGUGCUCAACCUUGCUUUGGAGAUGUUUGCUAAAAAAAAAAAGCCAAUUGAAGUAACA